GGGCGCCGAGCUUCGCGGUGCAGAGGACUUGAAAGCGGCUGAGAGCCAUCGGUACAGGUGAGGGCGGCGGUCCGCACCGCACAGAAAGGGACAGAGACAAUGGAGGCUUCUCCGGGGGAUGAGUUUAAACAUUCACCACAGGAGAGGGAUGUCUCAGAGUUCAAGGAAGAGGAACAGUUAGCCCCAGCUCUCCAAGUAGAAAAUACUUCUCUCAAACCCGAUGGCUUUCAGAGCUGGGAUGAUUUAUGGGUCCGCGGAGAGGGGCUUGGAAAGCGAGAGCCUCCAGACCCAGUCCCCCGGGUUCUGGAAGAACCCCGGUGGGGACAGGGCAGUAAUGACCGAGCUGCUGUGUGUGGUGAGUGUGGCAAGAGUUUCAGGCAGAUGUCUGAUUUGGUGAAACACCAGAGGACGCACACAGGGGAGAAGCCCUACAAGUGUGGCGUCUGUGGCAAGGGCUUUGGGGACAGCUCAGCCCGAAUCAAACAUCAGCGAACUCACACUGGCGAGAAGGCCUACAGGGUCCGGCCACCGGCCCCAGGUCCUCCCAAGAUGCCUCGAUCUCGGAUUCCUGCUGGUGAACGGCCCACGAUCUGUGGCGAAUGUGGCAAGAGCUUCCGGCAGAGCUCUGACCUGGUAAAACACCAGCGGACGCACACAGGAGAGAAGCCCUACAAGUGUGGCAUCUGUGGCAAGGGCUUUGGGGACAGUUCAGCCCGAAUAAAGCACCAGCGGACACACAGAGGGGAUCAGCUCCCCCGGCCAGUGGUUCCCCGACAGCAACCAUCCCCGGCAGCUCCGGCGGCUCCACACAGACCCAAGGCCCAGGACAAGCCGUAUAUCUGCACCGACUGUGGCAAAAGGUUUGUGCUCAGCUGCAGCCUGCUGAGCCACCAACGUAGUCACUUAGGCCCCAAACCCUUCGGUUGUGAUGUGUGUGGAAAGGAGUUUGCGCGGGGCUCUGACCUGGUGAAGCAUCUGCGGGUACACACAGGUGAGAAGCCCUACCUGUGCCCUGAGUGUGGCAAGGGCUUUGCUGACAGCUCCGCCCGGGUGAAGCACCUGCGCACCCACAGCGGCCAGAGGCCUCACGCCUGCCCAGAGUGUAACCGUAGCUUUAGCCUCAGCUCCACUCUCCUUCGCCACCGCCUCACCCAUGUGGAGCCCCAGGACUUCAGUCUCGCAGCCUACCCCGUGGUCCCGCUCAUCCCCAGCCCUCCUCCACCUCCUCUUGGCACCAGCCCCUCACUGACGCCUCGGAGUCCUUCACACUCCAGCGAUGGGCCUUUUGGCCUACCUGGCUUGGAACCAGAGCCUGGGGGCCCACAGGCUGGGGAGCCGCCCCCACCUCUGGCAGGUGACAAGCCCCACAAGUGUCCUGAGUGCGGCAAAGGUUUCCGCCGAAGCUCUGAUCUGGUGAAACACCAUCGUGUGCACACAGGGGAGAAACCCUACCUCUGUCCUGAGUGUGGCAAAGGCUUUGCUGACAGUUCUGCCCGAGUCAAGCACCUCCGCACCCACCAGGGCGAACGCACUAGACCACCACCACCAUCUACUCUCCUGCGGCCCCAUAAUCCACCUGGUUCUGUACCCAUUGCCCCUCAGUCUCCAGUGCGGGACCAGCCCUCCGGACCCAGCCAGCUUCAUGUGUGUGGCUUCUGUGGGAAAGAGUUCCCCCGGAGCUCAGAUUUAGUCAAACACAGGCGUACACAUACUGGGGAGAAGCCAUACAAAUGUGCAGAAUGUGGUAAGGGCUUUGGUGACAGCUCUGCUCGAAUAAAGCACCAGCGUGGGCAUCUGGGGCGGGGCCAGACGGGCGAACCAAUGAAUGUCCGCCCCUGGGGCCCCGCCCCGCCCCCGCCUCCGGAGCCGCGGCCUUCGCAGAGCACCCAACCGCCCCUCGCCCAGGCCCGGGGCCGCACGAGCACCGAAUCUCGGGCUGGUCGCCGACCCAGGCUCUGGGGAGUGACUCAGCGCGAGGAGGGUGGCAACUCGCGGGAGCUGGAGAUUCGAACUGUUCAGGGCCCUGAAUGUCGGGAUGAGUGGGGUGAACGGGUGUCUUCUGAGCUGGGCCCUGGGCAGUGCCGGAGCGUGGGGCUGGGUUAG